UCCUGUUUUCUUCGACACUCAUCUCUGCAUUCCUUGACUCUCUCGUCCCUCCUUCUCCUCAUUCUUCCUUAAACCCUAAACCUUAAAAUACUCUGUGGGUCUUCUUUUCAUUAAAGAUAAAUCUGGAAGGUAAAAGGCAUAGCAGUUGGCCAGACAUGCAUAUAUGAAGAUGCUUUUGAAGAACCCAGGAAUACUAUUCAGCUGUGAUUCAAGGUGUUGGCAUUUUGUUACCAAUUCCAGAAAGUUAACCUCCUUGUCUAAUGGGCCUCCUUCUUCUGCAUUGGGUGGGAAAUUCUUUCCCUUUAUGGAAGAGCAUAAUCAAGACAACCGGAAAAAAAUUGGCAGCGUAAGGCAAGGAGUCGAUGAUGUGUGCCGUAUUUUGGAAAGUGGUCCUUGGGGACCCCCAGUUGAGAGUGCUUUGUCAAUGCUUGAUGAAAGUCCUCAACCAGAAUUUAUUAUUGGAGUCUUAAGGAGGCUGAAGGAUGCUAAACAAGCAGUAAAUUAUUUUCGGUGGGCUGAGAAAAAAACUGAUCAGGCAUUAUGUCCCGAAGCAUACAAUUCACUUCUUUUGGUGAUGGCUAAAACGAGGAAGUUUAAUUAUUUCGAACAAAUUCUGGGAGAAAUGAGUAUUGCUGGAUUUGGCCCAUCUAAUAGCACAUGCAUUGAGUUAAUUUCGAACUGUGUCAAGUCACGGAAGCUCAGAGAAGCUUUUGAUCUUAUUCAGUGCAUGAGGAAAUUCAAAUUUCGCCCUGCAUUUUCAGCUUAUACUGCUUUGAUUGGUGCUCUGUCUGGAGUUCAUGAAUCUGACCUCAUGCUUACUCUCUUUCAUCAAAUGCAGGAAAUAGGUUAUGAAGUAAGUGUACACAUGUUUACAACUCUGAUUCGUGUGUUUGCCAGGGAGGGUCGUCUUGAUGCAGCUCUCUCCCUGUUGGAUGAGAUGAAAAGCAACUGUUUUAAUGCUGACAUUGUUCUUUAUAAUGUCUGUAUAGAUUGCUUUGGUAAGGUGGGUAAGGUGGAUAUGGCUUGGAAGUUCUUUCAUGAGAUGAAAGCACAUGGUUUAUUGCCAGAUGACGUGACUUAUACAAGCAUGAUAGGUGUUCUCUGCAAAGCAAACAGACUGGACGAAGCAGUGGAAAUAUUCGAGCAGAUGGAACAAAACAGAAAAGUCCCAUGUGCAUAUGCCUACAACACCAUGAUUAUGGGGUAUGGAUCAGCUGGGAAGUUUGGCGAGGCUUACAGUUUACUUGAGAGACAAAAAGCAAAGGGGUGCAUUCCAAGCGUGGUUGCAUACAAUUGCAUUCUGACAUGCCUUGGGAAAAUGGGAAGAUUAGGGGAGGCGUUAAAAAUCUUUGAGGAGAUGAAGAAAGAUGCAGUGCCCAAUCUUGCAACGUAUAAUAUUCUAGUAGACAUGCUAUGCAGAGCAGGAGAAGUUGAGACUGCUUUCAAGGUUCGGGGUGCAAUGGAAGAAGCUGGCUUGUUUCCUAAUGUCAUGACUGUAAACAUAAUGAUUGAUCGACUAUGUAAAGCACAAAAACUUGAUGAGGCUCGUUCUAUAUUUGAGGGAAUGAAUCAUAAAGUUUGCACCCCAGAUGAGGUUACAUUUUGUUCACUUAUAGACGGUUUGGGCAAACAAGGUAGAGUAGAUGAUGCCUACAGGCUUUAUGAACAGAUGUUGGAUUCUGAUAAAAUACCAAAUGCUAUUGUGUAUACGUCCCUGAUUAGAAACUUCUUCAGAUGCGGCAGGAAGGAGGAUGGUCACAAGAUAUACAAGGAAAUGAUCCAUAGGGGUUGUUCUCCUGACCUUAUGCUUCUUAAUACCUACAUGGAUUGUAUUUUUAAAGCAGGUGAAACUGAGAAAGGAAGGGCUUUGUUUGAGGAAAUAAAAGCUCGAGGAUUUGUUCCAGAUGUGAGAAGCUAUUCUAUCCUAAUUCAUGGCCUUGUGAAAGCUGGUUUUGCAGGUGAAACUUAUGAGUUGUUCCAUGCUAUGAAGGACCAGGGAUGUGUUCUGGACACCCGUGCUUACAACACAGUUAUUGAUGGGUUCUGCAAGUCAGGUAAGGUGAAUAAAGCCUAUCAGCUGCUGGAGGAAAUGAAGACUAAGGGCCACCAACCAACUGUUGUCACCUAUGGUUCUGUCAUCGAUGGCCUAGCCAAAAUUGAUAGGCUUGAUGAAGCAUAUAUGCUCUUUGAAGAAGCAAAGUCAAAUGGCAUAAAGUUAAAUGUUGUUAUCUAUAGCAGUCUCAUUGAUGGGUUUGGAAAAGUGGGUAGAAUUGAUGAGGCAUAUCUAAUCAUGGAAGAGCUGAUGCAGAAAGGUUUAACACCUAAUGUGUGCACAUGGAAUUGCUUGCUUGAUGCAUUGGUGAAGGCAGAGGAAAUUAAUGAAGCUCUUAUCUGCUUUCAGUCCAUGAAAAACCUGAAAUGCACUCCCAAUCUUAUAACUUACAGCAUUCUCAUAAAUGGUCUCUGCAUGAUUAGAAAAUUUAACAAAGCCUUUGUGUUUUGGCAAGAGAUGCUGAAGCAAGGGUUAGAACCCAACACCAUUACUUACACUACAAUGAUUGCUGGACUUGCCAAGGCUGGGAACAUUGCAGAUGCUAAUUCACUCUUUGAAAGAUUCAAGGCAAGUGGGGGUAUACCUGAUUCUGCUUGUUAUAAUGCCAUCAUAGAAGGAUUAAGUUAUGCAGAUAGGGCAAUGGAGGCAUAUGGACUUUUUGAGGAAACUCGGUUGAAAGGUCAUAAAAUUCAUGCCAAAACUUGCAUUGCUCUUUGGGAUGCCCUGUGUAGGGCUGAAUGUGUUGAGCAGGCAGCAAUUGUGGGGGCUGUUAUGAGGGAAAUAGCGAAUUCUCAACAUGCUGCAAGAUCUUGGUAGCAUCGUGUUGUUUUUUCAGUUUUAAGGGGCUGGUUAUUGUGGUAACUUAGCAACGAUUCACUCACUUAUCCUUCACAUACUCAUUUCUUCAUUUGGACUAGUUGCUUCCUGCAAAGGAAUGUAGAAGAUAGUUUCCCCCCCAGUGAUUGUACUCUUGGGCUGUGCCUAGUUUGAAGGACGGAAUAGCAUAAUACAAGAAAAAGGACAACUCAACAUGGCAAUACAAGAAUCCAUUUUUGUCAUGUCCUAUUGAAGAACGUGCCUCCAGUUACAUUAAAAAUUGAAGGAGCUUUCAUUGCCGAAUUGUCUAGAACCAUUCCUGGAUGCUGGAGUUCAAGGGAAGCAGAAGCUCUGGGAUUAAGAGAGGCUUUGGCAUGAUUAUCUCAGUACUGAUUCACAAGAGAUUUACUUUGGUUUAUGUUCAAAUGGGUAAGAUUGGACAGAAUAUGUGUUGUUUUAGACUGUAAAUCUAUUUUAAACCAGGGAUUUUAGAUCUCUCUGAAAUGGUUAGUAGACAAGCAAACAAAGCAACUAAUUCUUUAGCAAGAGUUGCUUUGUCCUGUGCUAAUCCAACCGCUUGGGCUUUUCUUUUUUUCCUUUUUAUUGAAGCUAAUAUUUGAAUUAGCCAACAAACUGCAAUACCUAAAAAAUUAAAUCAAAAGUUAAUUUUAUUGUAA